AUGCCGCACAUUGUGUUGAACGACGUUAACAAAUUGUCGCUUUUGCGAACACUGGAGAGCGGACGAUUUUUAAGCGUUGGAUUUCGCUCGUGGGAUCUGUAUGAAUUUCCUUUACUGCAGAGCACGACCAAGCACUCGUGGGCUGUAAAAACCACGGCGCAACUAGAGAAACCGCGAUACGUUAUCUUUGCGCUACAGACUGGACGAAGAAACGUGUUGACAAGCGACUCUUCGACUUUCGAUCAUUGCAAGCUCACCAACGUAAAACUGUAUUUGAAUUCAGAUUUCUAUCCCUAUGAUGAUAUGAAUCUGGAUAUAGAUAAUAAUAAGUCUGCUUUACUGUACGACAUGUAUGCAAAAUUUCAGAGAUCGUACUAUGGACGAAAGCUCGAUGAUGCGUAUCUAAAUGUACAAUCAUUCAUAACGUCCGGCCCAUUCGUAGUGAUCGAUUGCUCUCGUCAGAACGAGACUGUGAAGAGCGCCACUGUGGACAUUCGCGUAGAGUUUGAAUGCAAGGAUAACGUUCCAUCCGACACCACAGCGUAUUGUCUUAUCAUUCAUGAUAGAGUCAUUCAGUACAGCCCGUUGACGAACGUCGUACGCAAGAUUGUGUAG